GUGACGCGAUGAUACUGUAAUGCGAUUUUGUAAACCUGAAAGUUGAUUAUUUCAAUAAAUGUUUGUUGCUAUUAAAAACAUUAAAAUUCAGGAAUAAAAUUAAAAAUGGUGUCCCGAAGUUUAACAGAAGUGUUUAUUCUAAUGAGAAACAAUGCUAUCCAUAGCCGGCAGAUAUUUACCGAGGCACAUGACUCAGAACGAGUGGGUUUGAUGCGUUCAAACUCUCGUGAUCUGGAAGGAGGUAUGGAACUAAAGACAGACACCAGCGCGCCGCCACCCUGGACUGAUUCUUUGGAGGAGGCACACUAUGUUAUCACAAGGUUACGUACCAAAAUAUCAGAGCUGCAGACACGUCACGAGCGGCAGAUCCGGCGUCCUGCGCUUGAUGACAGCACUGAGCAACAGUACAUCAGCAAACUGACCGGAGAGAUUGGACGGCUGUUCACGCAUGCACACACACAUCUCUCAGCAAUAAAAGCACAGGCAUUAAAUGGUAAUAAAACGGAACAGAAAUUAGCCAAUAAUGUGGUAUUAGCAUUGGUUACAAUGGUACAAGAUUUAAGUGUAACAUUCCGUACAGCACAAUCAAACUAUUUGAAAUCAUUGACAUCCCGAGAAGAAAGAUCCAAAGCCUACUUCGAUCUUCCCAACUUUGAAGAACUGAGUUUAGGUGAUAACGAUCUUCCUGGAUUAACCAAUAACCAGACUGACCUUCUGUUCUCAUUACCGAGCACAUCUCACAGUUAUCAUGAAGAUGACAAAGAUUUAGAUGGAAUGUUCCAGAAGCAAGCCUUAAGUCAGAAACAGAUGUUAUUAAUACAAGAAGAAAAUACACAAAUGGUUGCAGAAAGAGAGGAAGAAGUGAAUAAGAUUGUCCGAUCUAUAGUUGAUUUGAACGAAGUAUUCAAAGAUUUGGCACAUAUGGUUCACGAACAAGGUACAGUGUUAGAUAGAAUAGAUUAUAACAUAGAGCAAACUCAAGUCCAGGUUCAUGAAGGUUAUAAACAAUUGCAGAAAGCGGAAAGAUAUCAACGGAAAAAUAGAAAGAUGUAUUGCAUUUUAAUGUUAGCAGCUGUCAUCAUUGUUUUAGUUAUUCUACUAAUUAUAGUAAAGAGUUAGUUUUAUGAUUUUUAGUGAUUGGAAAAGAAAUUAAGUGUUUUUACUAUUCCAAACUUUAUUCUUUAAGCAGUUAAGUGUACUUUCCAUUACUAUGCUCUAAUUUGGCUGUCAAGGUAUUUUUUAUUUAUUCUUAUUAGUUUAAAAUCUUUUUUUUAAUAUUUUCAAGGAGUAAUUAUGAAAAUUAGAUAGAUAGAUUACACUAAAUAUAAUUUUCACGAAAUAUUUGUGAAAAUGAAAACUCGGAUAUCAUUCUGCUUUAAAGUAUUCCUAUAAAGUUACUCUGGGAAUAGGAACACUGUUGAAAAUAAAAAUUGUAGCUACAUUUGAUUAUAAAUGAUGUUUGCGUUUACAAAUUUUCUUCCUUAAGUUUGAAUACCAGAACUCAUUACGUAAUGGUAACCAUAUUUAUGUUAGAGGUAAUCGAAUUAUAUUGUGUCAAAAUUUAUUUACACAUAUGCUAUGGUCAUAAGUUUACCAAAUACUGUUCCAGAGAGAUUUCUAAGGAAAUGAGAGCAUAGAUAAUCCAACACUUGUAUAGACUAUAACUUUAUUAUCUAUGUUCUUAUGUUUUGUAAAUACUUGUCUAUGUCAUUGUAUAAUAUCAUUAAUUUAUUUAUGCUUAAUCUGUAAAAAUGCAAGAAUGUGUAUUGUUAUCCCUUACAUUCUCUAUUAAAACAAAGGAGACAACAAUACGAAUCCCCGCAUUCAAAUUCUAUGGUGAUGUAUGCUUGAUUUUUGCUAGUGAUAUGCUUAUUUAUAAAGAUUUGUGUAUAUCGUGAUUGUAUGUGUUGUGUGUGUGUUUAUGUAUUGUCGUAUCCAAUAGAAAUAAGACAUUAUUUAUUCGAACCUGGAUCCUUUGUCCCGACGGACGACCUCCUUAAGCGAGAAACUUGGGGCAAGAAAAUUACAAACCAGCGGCAUUCAUAAUUUGCCGACAAUAAAAGAUAUUUUUUAAUUUAUUGCCCAUUUUGAUUGCUAAUUUAAAGUUAUGACAAAUUAAGAAGGUGUAUAGACGAACCAUGUCGAAGAACCACCUCCAUAAGCGAUUUUGGUUAGAGGGAGACCUCUAAAAGCGAGACAAAUAUCCAUUGGAGUUAUCCAGGUUCGAUUAUAUUUCUUUGUAUUACAUUAAGUAAAUUAUUGAAUUUAAUUAGAUUACGAAACUUAUAUAUCAAAUAAUUG